CGGAGGCCGGGCGGGGCGUGUCCGGGUCGGGAUGGACAUUCCCCGGCUGGGGCCGCAGUAGGCACAAGCACCCACAUCCCGGCCGGAUCUAAACGCCCUUGGUCCCAGCUCACAGAAUAAGGGUGCCUGGGAGCUGCUCUGACGUUGACACUGGAGAAUCCCGAUUCCGGCGAGGCCGCUCGCGUUCACUGCCUGCGUACCCUCCAAGUCGUUCUUCCCUCCCAGACCGUGGUAGUGCUGGUAGUGGCGAGCACGCUCGCCAUUCCGCUUGGUUUUCCCAGCGCCCAGAGGUUCCUGCCUGACGACCGGCGCGUCGCUUGGACACUUGACUCUGUUCCGUGCAGUGGCCAGCCUAGAUCAUUGCUAGGAAGAACUCUGGGUACAGUAACAGCGUGCGUGAUGAUGGCUCAGAUCCUAAGAUCUCACCUGAUCAGUGCUUCCGUAAUUCCUAAUCGAGUGAAAAUGCAUCCAGAUCUUUGUCUCAUUCAAAAUAGAAUGAUGUCGACCCAUAAGUCCAAAAAGAAGAUCGGAGAAUAUUAUAGGCUGCUGAACGUGGAUGAAGGGUGCUCUGCAGAUGACGUCAGGGAAUCUUUCCGAAAGCUUGCCAAGCGAUACCAUCCAGACAGCGGCUCUGAUACCGCUGAUUCUGCCACAUUUAUAAGGAUCGAAGAAGCUUAUAGGAAAGUGCUUUCCCAUGUGAUAGAACAAACAGAUGCCAGACAGAGUAAAAUUGAAGAAAAAGCCGAAGAAGAAGAAGAAAAAUUCAAAUAUAAGACACCCCAGCACCGGCAUUAUUUAAGUUUCGAAGGCAUUGGUUUUGGGACUCCAAGUCAACGAGAAAAACAGUAUAGGCAAUUUAGGGCAGACCGAGCAACUGAGCAAGUGAUGGAGUAUCAAAAGCAGAAACUACAAAGCCAGUAUUUUGCUGACAGUGUGACCGUUAGAGAUGUAAGACACAGCAGAGAACAAAAGAUAACUCAAGCAAUCGAGCGUUUAGUGGAGGACCUCAUUCAGGAAUCAAUGGCGAAAGGAGACUUUGACAAUCUCAGUGGGAAAGGAAAACCUUUAAAAAAAUUUUCUGGCUGUUCAUAUAUUGAUCCCAUGACUCACAACCUGAACAGAAUAUUAAUAGAUAAUGGAUACCAACCAGAGUGGAUUCUGAUGCAAAAGGAAAUAAAGGAUACCAUUGAGCAACUCAGAGAGGCAAUUUUAGAUUCCAGGAAAAAGCUUGGAAAUCCAAUGACACCGACUGAACACAAACAGUGGGACCAAGUUUGUGAGCAGUUUCAAGAAAACAUCAGAAAACUAAACAAGCGAAUUAGUGAUUUUAAUUUAAUUGUUCCCAUCCUGACCAGGCAAAAGGUCCAUUUUGAUGCACACAAAGAAAUUGUCAGGGCCCAGCAAGUAUAUGAGACCCAUAUAAAAGCAAAAGAAGUCGCAGAUCAAAAUUCAAAUCAUACCAGUCAGGGAGAAGGAGAGAAAACACCCGGACUGAAGACUGGUCUUUUUAACUGGGUGAAUCUGUGGAAAUUUAUUAAAAUAUGACCAUUUAGAUGUUCUCUGUCACAGUAUUGUCCGGAAUAAUUUUCAGUUAUACUGACAUCAAUAUUGAGGCUGAGAGCUGUUGCUGUCACAUGAGAAUUUGAGAACUGUGUGCUUUGUACUUUUCACAAAACCAAUCACAUCCCUAAUGGUGUAUGGGGGGGAGCUGUAACAGAGUAAGAUUCUCUGAGGAUAGCAGGAAAGGAAGAGAAUGUCUAAUGAAAGCAGUUUAAUCCAUUUCAAGGUCUAAGUGUCAGUCAUCAGAGGCGAUGAGCUAGGGCGGGAAUUCAGAGAGGAUAUUCCAGAAGUCUUAGUGCAGUUUUAAGUUUUGAUUACUUAAAAGCACUUAGCACUUGUCAUUUUUAAACACAGGUACUUAAGAAAACCUAAAUGUGUAUUAUCAAAAGUCGCCAAACUGGAGAAAUAGAUGUAACCCAUUAAACCUUGAAAUGUGUUUUUUUUUCUUUUUUGCAAGUUUGCUAAAUUUCUACUCCUGCACUUGUUAAAGCAGGAAACUGUUCCAAGACUUGUGGGAUAUCCUUUGUAUGAGUAGAAUGUUAAGAUCAGAAAGUUAGCCUUGUGGAGUUGCUGCACUCUUCUCUUACAAAGGUCUUUUCUGGGUGCCAAAUGAAAGAGAGGUUGUAGGUUGUGCUUUUUCCUGUCUACCUUAUGAUCCGUCAACUUGUGAAACUGGUCAGUUAGUUGACUUGGCAAUUCUAGAAAUAAUAGAGUCUGCUGUCUACUUUCUACAGAGUUUGAACGUGUUGUCUGACCCCUCACUUGGGAUCCCAGUCCUCCGUGGCUCCGUGGAAGCCUGAGAUGUCCCUCCCAGCUUCGUCGCUGACCAGAGAUUGUAAUGUUGGGUUUCCCCAAACCUACUCAAGCCUCCCUGUGUCUUCAGUCAGCCUCCCCAGGAGCUCUUGUGGCAAUAUGAAAUUUAUAACUUGCUCUCUUAGGGGCUCAACUUCCUAUCUUAGGCAAUCUUUCUUGAACAGAGACAAGACAUCUGGGUUUUGUGCGUUUGCGUCUUUGGCAAAUAAUGAGAAACUGACGUCCGUGAGAUUGUCGUGCCGCCUGCACUUGUAGAACACCUGACUUUUUAGAUGGGAAGAUUGCUUUUCUGCAGAACGGAGACCUGGAAGGGGGUGGAGGGUGGUGAAAGGAGCUGACUUGUCCCCUCCCUUUCUGGAGCACUGUGGUGUAGAGGUGUGGGAGUUGUGAGCCUUUCUGCCUAGGUGACGGGGCGUUCACUGGCAUAUCAUUGUUUAUCUUCUAUAAUGAUAGACAAUGCAAAUAAAACAGUGGACAGUGUGAAAUGCAGCUUGGUAAUAGCUAUAGCUCCAAAACAUUUUGGAAGGCUGCAAUUACGUGAAUCUUGUUAAAGGUAGAAGUUAGAAGAGGCCUUGUUUCAUUGCCGCAGUAUAAUAGAAAUGAAAUCAUUUUCCGUAUUGGACAAUUGGAAGGUAAGGUUACCAAUGAACUUCAGAAAAUUGCUUAUUUCAGCACGAUGCACUUUAUAUUUGUAAAUGUCUAUAUUAAUAAAGUUAAUGGUUUUUCAAUGA